GCUACAUACGUACAUACGUACAUACGUACAUCCCAUAUGCCAUACAAUGGAUGGGAUACAUACCUACCUAAACUGCCCUUAGGUAGCAGUGGCAUAGACUGGUAGGUACGGCAGAGUCUGGUUUCAUGAUCUCCACUCGACUAUGUAGUUUCAUGGCCUACAUUAUGUACAUGUAUGUAGUUGCCACCGCCACCCGUUCUCUUCAUUUGCGGCUUUUGGGACGUGCAGUCGGUUGCAUUGGCUCGACAAGGGGAAUUCAUCGAUCUGUCCAAGCCAAGCCCUGUGGAUGCCCUGCAACAGAUCGUCAAAGGGUCCUCAGGUGCUCAAGCCCCGGGAACGGUAGUUAGACAGCCCCGA